AUGAUGACGUGCCGUCUGCUGUGCGCCCUGUUGGUGCUUGCCCUGUGCUUCUGCCCGUCCGUGCACGCGGGAGACACUCAGCCUAAAGCUGCCGCUUCUUCCAAAACGGCCACAAUACCGGCAUCAACUAUGUCUGGAGCUAAUGGAAGCGUUACCAGUCAAUUGACCCCUUCAUCAGUGACACCACAGGAGGCCGAUCAGCUAGGGUCAUCAAGUAAUGGGGCCGCUGCGGAACGCGGAAAUACUGCGGGAGAUGCAGGGAAUUCGCCCAGUCCGCAUUCGCAAUCAAGUGGUGCGCAUAAUACGGUACAAAGAGAAGGUACGGAAGACACGACUGGACCAAUAAGUGGCAACAACAUCCCUACAGAACAAACAAAUAAGAAGUCUGAAGCCUCUGCUCAGACAACGACAACGACGACUACAACAAAGGCACCAACCACGACCACUACUACAACAGAGGCACCAAGUACUACGACUACUGAGGCGCCAGCUGUGUCGACCACCAGCGCACCGUCACGUCUUCGCGAAACCGACGGCAGCCUCAGCAGCUCUGCGUGGGUGUGUGCCCCGCUGGUGCUCGCCGCAUCCGCGCUGGCGUACACCGCUGUGGGCUGA